AUGGCAUCACAAGAAUUCCCCAUGUUUCAGGCGCACAAGCCUCUGCCGGCUCCGCCAUCAAAUCCCGCGCAACGGGAGCUGCAGCGAUCAAUUCCCAUCUCUGAGCUUAUCAACCAACCACUAUCAAUUCAGAUACGCAAGCUAGAAGACGAGAACGACUUUCUCCGAGAGCAAGUGUUCGAGCUGCAGACGGAGGUUGCAAGCCUGCAACGCAAGCAUGCCACGGCUAUUGCGAAGAAGGUCACAACAUUUCGUGAACGUGAAGCCGCUUUCAAUAUGAUCAUAGAGCACCAGAGAAUUCUAGUGGCGGGCGUCAUCGGCAAGAUACACAAAGCUUUCGCUGAAUUCAGGGAAGAGAUCAACGCUGCACCGGGGGCAGGUCCAGGAGGGCCUGCUCUUGGGUUUACGCAGUCCCAGAGUUGGAUUUGA